CUCCUCCUUCUCGACAAACACCGCGGCGGACUCGUGGCUUUUAAACAUCAUCAUCACCACCACCACUAAACCACAACCACCAUCACCAACAUUCAUUAAAUCGAGACGGCCACACGAGCAUGUUGGCGGAGGAGGCGCGUGGUUGGGAGCCGGCAAAUCAAGCCGCAGCAGAAGAAGAAGAAGGUGGAGGAGGAGGAGGUGGUGGGGAUGAUCACGAAGACGUGGAUCGAGUGGGACCUAGAGGCCCUGGGGAUGCCGUGCGGGAGGCUUUGCGCGGGGACCCGGCAGCCGCCGACCUCCGCCUGAGCCUCGUGGCGGCCGCGCUUCUCGGCUACAGACGCCACUCGCUCCUGCGGCCAUUCCCGUCGGGCUACGGCGACGGUGGCGAGGAUGGCAAAGACUUCACAGCCCUGCUGGCGGACAUGAGCACCGUGCCGAGUGUUCAGCAGCUUCUCCGCGAGGAUGUGGACGUUGAUCCCCGCAUCCUGGAACUCCUGCACUGGACACUCACGUCCAAGAACUUCACCAUCUCCAGCCAGAGGAAGGACGAGUUUUCCAAGAUUGAGGCACUGACGGGUUCCCCAGGCGUGCCGGUCCCCGCGCCAGACUUCGUUUUCUCGGUGACGUACAGCGACACGGCCGAGCGCCGCUUUCGGGAAAUGCGUGGGGAGCUGGACAUACUGUACGCCUACCACGGCAGUCGGUUUGAGAACUUCCAUUCGAUCCUCCACAACGGCCUGCAUUGCCACCUCAACAAGACGGCGCUGUUUGGCGAGGGCACUUACCUAACAAGCGACUUGAGCCUGGCGCUGCUCUACAGUCCGCACUCGCAGGCGUGGAGGCUGAGCACUCUCGGUGCCGCACUCAGCUGCGUCGCAGUGUGCGAGGUCAUCGACCACCCCGACGUCAAGUGCCAGGUCAAGCGGAAAGAUGCCGACGGCUUGGACCGGAGGAGGGCACGUGCACGGCACAGCGAGGGUGGAGACGUCCCACAGAAAUACUACGUCGUCACCAACAAUCAGCUCCUGCGGGUGCGCUACCUUCUGCUCUACGCUCGGAAGUCUCAGCAUCACAGCAUUCCGUGGCAGCGAUCAUGGCUGGGACGGCACCGGUUUGCGGUGGGGAUGGCGAUCUACGGCCUCAUUCUCCUUCUCCUAGGAGCACUCAACUCCCCAACGGUGCUGCACUACUGGAGACGCUACCUCUCGGGCGACUGAUGGCAGUGGUGAUUGUCCCCCUCCUGCCUGCCUGCAUCCUAAAGCAAGAAUCUUUCGCUGUUUGACAGCCUGAGCACGAUGUGCUUCUUUUGAACUCUUGGGACAUCUGGCGCAUCUUUGUUAAUUGAACCUUAUGGCGGUACCCCGGGGUAUCAUCGUACCCCGGCUCUCGUAUAAUGUCUGUGAUGAAGUCAUUUUUAGUCUGUUGAUGGUCGGCGAUGCGGCAAUCGACUCGUCUCGACGAGCUGUACACGAUGCACCACUACGGUGCGUACGAGCGUUCGGGGUUUCAGCGCAAUCGUCCUCGCUGCGUUUCGACCUCGCGGAGCGGCACUGAUUUCGGAUUGAUUGGUACCCCAGAUGCGGAGUUAAGUACACCCCUGGAAAAAAUAGUGUCCCAGAAAUCAAAUAUUGGAUUGCCUCGGCCAUUUUGUAUUAUUUGGUAUCCCGGGGUACCGCCACAAGGAUCAAUUGUUAAUGUAGUGAAUUCGUUUACAACUAUUGUCCUGGUGCGCUUUUGUUUACGUCACUGGUGAAUGUCAUGGUGCGUUUCUUUGGUGUAAUUUUCUCAAAAAUUUACAUUGUGUUUCGUGAAAGAAUAAUAUAGGAAUGCACUUAUCUCAAUCUAAAAAAACUAUUAACUUGACAAUUGGUAACCAAAGUACCUUAAAUACCUUUGCUGCAAGUUGUAUGUGUCUGUACUUUUAAAAUUCACACUAUAAACAGCCUGAGCUGCUUUUUAGUUUUGCUUUAAAUCAUGCAUUGAAUUGUCAAGAAUUAUUCACAACUUAAUUGUACAUUUCACCAUGCUAGUUAAUGCACUUAACUCGUGCUAGAUUGUUUGUUCAAUUCGCAAAACUUGUGGUUAAACUUUGUAAGUCCUAUGCUUUCAGCAAAUAUUUUCUUUUAUCUUGAGGUGAAAAUUCAGACUCGUGCCUCAGCAUCAUCUUACGUGGGAUUGCCUAAGUUGAAACAUUCAUAAAAUGCAGCAUGAUCGUGUUUUAUAAUUGAUGUGUGAAACUUAUUCCAGCCGCUGGCUAUUCAAGUCAACAUAUGUAUAUUGGCCGUUUUCACUUGUUUCAGAACAAAUGAGUGCGUUUGCAUGUGAACUUAAUUUAUUCUGUAAGGAAUUGCAGAUUCAUGUGCUAAGUGCCUUUUUUGAAAAAUAUUGGUCUUUAUAUGCAUGCUCCACCCUCUUAAUUUACGUUAUUUAAAAACGGCUGGUUAUUAAAAUAUGUUUGGAGGUGGAGUACUUGAGUAGAAGCCUUAUUUUCCAGAGGGUGAAUAAUCCAUGUGUAAAUGAUAAAAAACAAUGUUCGAUCACAACAAUAUCGCAUAU